GUUGCGAUAGCAAGCUCCCUAAAAUCCGAUUGAUACUCUUGAUAGACAUCAAUUUAAAAAAAAAAAAAAAUUUAAUGCCCCACGAGAAAAGCAAGCAUCAACCUUUCGAAGGAAAGGAAAGGGCGAAAAAGGAAAACAAAAAAAAAGAUAAAAAAUGGCAGCACCCAGCGAAUCCGAUUUCAGUUCUCUGCACUUCGCCACUCAUAAAAGGAGAGGAAGCACCAAAAGAAUUAAUUACUCAUUAAUUAAUUUAAAUACUUGAACCUCGGUCUUCUCUCAGAUUCCCCUCUUCACCUACAAAACCCCUUCUCCCCUCUUCUCGAUCUCGCGAUCGGUAAUGGCGUCGAUGAACCCUAAGGAGCGCCGCGAUGCCUUUGCCGACUCGAUGAUCGCGGAGGGUUUGUUGGAUCAGCAGUUUAAUCAGCUGCUGAUGCUGGAAGAGGACGGGGGUGGAUUCCUUGUUGAGGUGAUUAAGCUGUUUUGUGAUGAUUCUGAGAGGAUGAUCUCAGAGCUGAGCAGCUUGAUAGAUCAGCCAGUUGUGGACUUCCAGAAGGUGGGUUCUUUCGUUCAUCAGCUAAAAGGGAGCAGCUCAAGCAUUGGGGCGCACAAUAUCAUGGUGGCUUGCAUGCACUUUCGCCAAUUCUGUGAGCAAAAUGACAAACAAGGGUGCUUUAGAGCAUUAAAUGCGGUUAAGAAUGAAUAUUAUCGUUUACAGGCAAAAUUUAACAUUUUGGUGCAGCUGAGCAGGGAGUGUUGAGCUACUAAAGUCAAACAACCAAAUUAAGGAUAAAGCAGCAAAAAGAAUAACAUGUGAGCUUCUGAUUUGUGUGAAGUUGUAACCUUAAUGAAUAAUAAUUUUAAGCAUUCAAAAACUGGAUCAGAAUAAGGGUAUGAUAACCGUAUAAGUUUUUGUAUGCUCCGGGUCAGCCUUCGUUUUGUGGGCAAGCUGUGUGGGAUUUUUUUUUUUUUUUUUCUUGUCUGUAGACUAAUUUAUAUUACUCUCUUGUCAUA